AGCAAGUACUGCGUUGUUGAAGGCUGCAUGAGCCGAGCCAAGCACGCUCGAAGAUGCUGGAAGCAUGGCGGCUCCGUCAAGUGUAAGGUGCCCAGCUGUCGGAAUCGAGCCAAGACGAAGGGUGUGUGCUGGUCUCAUGGCGGCGGCACCAUCUGCAGCGCCGAUCAAUGCACGACUAUCGCGGUGUCGAACGGUGUUUGCUGGGCCCACGGCGGAGGGAAGCGUUGCGUUACACCGGGAUGUUCUCGACCUGCCUACGAGAGGACUAGGAAUAUGUGCUCAAUGCACUACAACGCGGGCUCAAUUGCCAGUCUUGCAGCGGCGAAGCGGCCGGUAUAA